GCGAAAAACACGGUGGAAGAGGAAACGUGUCGGAUCGAUAGCGGAAACCCCUCAAAAGCCAGUGAAUCCUACACUCUUUCAAUUCACAAUCGAAAAUCACGCUUAUAAUAUAACACCAUCAAUUCUUCUUCCCUGCCGUUCAGCAGAAGAAAAAUUGCAACUUUUUUUCUGCUACACAAAAACAAACAGGGCAGAUACAAGUCAAACAUAUAGAGACAAAAGCUAAGGCCGGUGCUUUAAUUUAUUCAGACGCCUGCAAUAAUUUUUCCAUUCUUUAGAAGUUAUUAGAGAGAAGAUCCGCCAUGGAUGCCCUGCAAAUCCUCUGCGCACCAUUUUUGUUCUUAGCUUUUUAUAUCAUCACUUACCAUUUCUUCCACAAGCUCCGAAACCAUCCGCCCAGCCCUUUCCCCGCCUUGCCCAUCAUCGGCCAUUUCUAUCUCCUCUCCCAACCUUUCCACCGAGCUUUGAACAAAAUCUCAAACAGGUACGGCCCUGUCCUCUUGCUCAAAUUCGGCUCUCGCCCUGUCCUCCUCGUAUCAUCUCCUUCGGCGGCCGAGGAAUGUUUCACCAAGAACGAUGUUGUUCUUGCGAACCGGCCCAAGUUUCUUGGCGGGAAGAUCUUUGGGUAUGAGUACACCAGCCUUGCUUGGUCCUCCUAUGGCGAACACUGGAGAAAUCUCCGCAAGCUUUCCACCAUGGAAGUUCUGUCGGCCCACAGGAUCCAGUUGUUAUCCGAGAUUCGAGUGGAUGAAGCCGAGUCUCUCAUCCGCAGACUCUUCAGAUCGUCCCAGAAUACUUCAGACAACAUGGUGGAAGUGAAAUCUGCGGUUUAUGAUUACACGUUCAACAUCAUCACCCGAAUGAUUACUGGGAAAUCGUUUUAUGGGGAGAAAGUAGAGAACGCGGUUGAAGCCAAGCAUUACAAAGAAAUUGGAGAUGAAACCACAAAGCUGGUGAUUCAGAGCGGCGUUCUGGAUUACUUCCCAGUUCUGAAGUGGGUUGGAUACAAAGGUAUUGUGAAGAAGAUGGAGAAAAUGAAGGUUAGGAGGACUCAAUUCAUGCGUAAUUUAUUAGAGCAACAUCGUCAGAAAGUGAAGAGCAAUGGUGGUGGGGAGGAUGGAGGAAAGAAAAAGACCAUAUUGGAAAUUUUAAUGGAUCUGCAAAAGGAAACUGACGCUGAUUACUAUUCAGAUGACAACAUCAUCAGCCUCUUGUAUGUCCUACUUCAGGCAGGAUCUGAAACCUCAGCGACAACACUGGAGUGGGCCUUCUCGUACCUUUUGGAGAAUCCGAGAAUCAUGAAGAAGGCGAGAGCCGAACUCGACCUACAAGUUGGACACAGCCGGCUGGUAGAGGAAUCCGACAUGGGCAAGCUUCCAUACAUCCGGUGCAUCAUCAACGAGACAUUACGGUUGCAGCCGGCGGCGCCGCUCCUGGUGCCACACUUCUCCGGGGAGGAGUGCAGCGUGGGAGGGUACCGCGUGCCAAAAGGAACCAUUGUGUUAGUGAACGCGUGGGGGAUUCAGCGUGACCCCAAGGUAUGGGAGGAUCCUGAAACCUUCAUCCCAGAGAGAUUCGAAAGGUUUAAAAACAGCAAAGAUCAGGCGUUCAAAUUCUUGGCGUUUGGAUCAGGGAGAAGGAGCUGCCCGGGGGAAAAUCUGGCGUAUCGGGUGGUUGAAUUGGCGUUAGGGUUACUGCUGCAAUGCUUUGACUGGGAAAACCCUAGCAAGGAGACGAUUGACAAGACUGAUAGCAGUGGGUUCAUUGCUGUUAAACUUACACCUCUCAUUGCUAAAUGUUCUCCCCGUCCUGAGAUGGUGACCACUCUUUCCCAGAUAUGAAUAAGCCUAGGGCCAUUUCAUUUGUCAUCUUCUUGUAUUAAUAAUGUUUUGGGACAUUAACCUAGGAGAUGAAGUUGCAAACCUAUAUCUAUAUAUUGCCAAGGCUUCUAUUA